AUGGCUCUACUCAAUGCCCCCCUUCUCGCAACCCUCGCAACGAUCGCCCUCUUCGCCUUUCAAUAUCUGACCCUACGACUUCUCUCGCUGGCUCCACACCGUCGCCCUCCGCCAACACCUCGCGAGCGCGGCACACCAGCCCACCUUUUGAUCGUCCUCGGCAGCGGCGGCCACACAGCAGAGAUGAUCUCCAUGCUCCGUCGCAGCAACGUCACCAAGUACUUCACCCACCGCACCUGGCUAGUUUCCUCCGGCGAUGGCUUCUCCGCCGCAUUCGCCAAAGAAUUCGAGCAAGAGCUCGGGGAAAAGGCAGGCACAUAUAGAGUCGUCGAAGUCAGGAGAGCGAGAAAGGUACAUCAGAGUCUGCUCUCAGCACCCUGGAGUUGUCUCUUGUGUUUGGGAGAUUGUUUGAAGCUGCUUCGACCUUCUCUUGAUGGACAAUAUGGCUAUCCGGAUCUGAUUCUCACCAAUGGCCCUGCGACGGCGACGAUACUGGUCUUUGCGUCUGUACUUCUACGCUUCUUGGGUUUACAAGGAAGACAAGGCAGAGGCGAGAUGCGCACAAUCUACGUUGAGAGCUGGGCGAGAGUCAAGAAACUCAGUCUGAGUGGAAGAUUGCUUUGCUGGGUCGUAGACCGCGUGCUAGUGCAAUGGGAGCAGUUACAAGGCGCUGGAGCUGGAGGACGAGCCGAGUUCAAGGGUGUCCUGGUUUGA